AUUUACUCGUAACAAAUUAGAUACUAUCUACAAAGUAGCCAAUCAUGAUUCAAACUUCGAUAUGUUCAUGAAAUCUAUGGAAAACGAAUGAAAAAAAGGCGGUUAGGAAAAAAGAGUAUACAAAAAAAAAAAAACAAGAAAGCGUAAGUAUAUAAGAGCGUUGGAAGAAAGAGUGAUAGACAAACAAAGCGCAAUGGACGCUGCUGUAUUGGAAUCUCUCUCCUCCUCCGCUGCGCAUUUCUCCGGUUGCCACCCUUCUUCAUCCACCUCAUCCUCUUCUCAUAACAACGUCUUCCUCAUCGGAGUCUCUGGAGGUACUGCAUCCGGGAAAACCACAGUGUGUGAUAUGAUCAUUCAACAAUUGCAAGAUCAUAGAGUUGUUCUCGUCAAUCAGGAUUCUUUCUACCGCGGUUUAACGAAUGAUGAGUCGAAACGUGUUCAUGAGUAUAAUUUUGAUCAUCCUGAUGCAUUUGAUACAGAACAACUUGUAGAAACACUCAUCAAACUUAAAUCUGGACAGUCAGUUCAGGUUCCUGUUUAUGAUUUCAAGCUCCACCAAAGAGCUUCUGAUAGAUACCGACAGGUCAAUGCAUCUGAAGUAAUCAUCCUAGAGGGUAUAUUGGUUUUUCAUGAACCACGUGUCCGUGACAUGAUGAACAUGAAGAUAUUUGUCGAUGCAGAUCCUGAUGUAAGGCUUGGCCGCAGAAUUAGACGAGAUACCGUCGAGAGGGGUAGAGAUGUGCACUCUGUACUGGAACAGUAUGCGAAAUUUGUUAAGCCUGCCUUCGAUGAUUUUAUACUUCCAUCCAAAAAGUAUGCUGAUAUUAUCAUACCUCGUGGGGGAGACAAUUGUGUAGCAAUUGACUUGAUCGUUCAACAUAUCCACACUAAGCUUGGCCAACAUUGCCUCUGUAAGAUAUAUCCAAAUUUGAAUGUUAUACAGUCUACUUUCCAGACUAGAGGCAUGCACACUCUUAUUCGUGAUAAGGAAAUAUCGAAGCAUGACUUUGUUUUUUAUUCAGAUCGACUAAUUCGUUUGGUAGUCGAACAUGGUCUUGGUUACUUGCCAUUUACAGAGAAGCAAGUUACAACACCUACAGGAUCAAUUUAUAUUGGUGUUGAUUUUUGUAAGAAAUUGUGUGGAGUAUCUGUUAUUCGAAGUGGUGAAAGCAUGGAAAAUGCUUUGCGUGCAUGUUGUAAAGGAAUAAAAAUAGGAAAAAUUCUCAUCCAUCGUGAAGGUGAUGAAACCCAGCUUAUUUAUGAGAAGCUCCCAAAAGAUAUUUCAGAGAGACAUGUUCUUCUCAUGGACCCAGUACUUGGUACAGGUAACUCUGCAAGCCAAGCAAUUGAGCUUCUUAUAAAGAAGGGAGUUCCAGAGUCCCGGAUAAUAUUCCUCAACCUUGUGUCCGCUCCCGAGGGAAUACAUUGUGUAUGUAAACAUUUUCCGCACCUGAAAGUUGUUACUUCCGAGAUUGAUGAAGGACUAAAUGAUCAGUUCCGUGUCGUGCCUGGGCUAGGAGAAUUUGGUGACCGAUAUUUUGGUACAGAUGACUCCUAAAGGCAAAAAAAACUCAAAAUUCCAUGAAGGGGUAAAAAGCUAGCAAAAGAUGAUGGAAUUUAUUACUGUGUAUAAUACUAAUAUCUGCCUGUAAGGCUUUAUAAUCAUGAACAACUACAUCACAAGGAAGGAGAAGUUUCUCCCAGAUUAAAUUGAUUAUUCAAUUGAAUUUUGAUCAGA